AGGGGGUGUUUUCCAGGGUUUAAUAACCCCUACAGAAGUCGAGCUUCUGGGUUACUUUGUUAAACUGGGGCAUGCGGAAGGUGCGAGAGAGAUUAUAACUCCUAGUGGUGCUGCUGGAGUUCAGUCAGAUUCCCUCAGGGAUGCUGCUUUGGUUCCAGGGCACGAGUGGGUCCUCACUGAACUCGGGCCCGAAAGGACCCUGUAGAGAGAAAUCACCGAGAUCGCUAAAAAAUAAGUCGUCAUCUGGGCGUAGGAACAAGAGAGCUCAGGAACAGCAGUCCUUGGAGAAACGGAGAGCAGAUCAAGGUACUGAGAAACAUGAAGGAGCAGGUACUUCUGGGAUUACUGAUCAGGAGAAGGAAUUGUCGAGCAGUGCAUUACAAGCUUUUCAGGCUGGAAACUAUGAUGCUUGCUUACAACACCUAAAUACCCUUCAAGACAUCAACAAAGAUGACUACAAAAUAACUUUGAAUACUGCUGUUGCAGAAUUCUGUAGAAGUAACCAGACUACAACGGACAAUUUGAGACAAACCCUUAACCAGCUGAAAAACCAGGUUCACUCUGUUGUUGAAGAAAUGGAUGGUUUGGAUGAUGUUGAAAACAGUAUGCUGUACUACAAUCAAGCUGUUAUUCUGUAUCAUCUGCGUCAGUAUACUGAAGCUAUAUCAGUUGGGGAGAAGCUGUACCAGUUUAUAGAGCCUUUUGAAGAGAAGUUUGCCCAGGCUGUGUGCUUCUUGCUUGUAGACUUAUACCUGUUAACUUACCAAGCUGAGAAAGCCUUGCAUCUGCUUGCUGUUCUGGAAAAAAUGAUUUCACAGGGCAACAAUAACAGCAAGAAUGGAAAAAAUGAGUCAGGUAAUAAUACAAAUAAAGAUUCUUCGAAUCAAAAAGCUGAAAGUGGAGCUUUGAUAGAAGUUGCUAAGUCUAAGAUACAUCAGUAUAAGGUGAGAGCCUAUAUCCAAAUGAAGUCACUAAAAGCAUGCAAAAGGGAAAUCAAGUCUGUUAUGAAUACAGCUGGGAAUUCAGCUCCUUCUCUUUUUCUUAAGAGCAAUUUUGAAUAUUUGAGAGGCAAUUAUCGUAAAGCUGUCAAACUUUUAAACAGUGCAAACAUUGCUGAACAUCCAGGCUUCAUGAAAACAGGUGAAUGCCUAAGGUGUAUGUUCUGGAACAAUCUUGGCUGCAUCCACUUUGCAAUGGGAAAGCACAAUUUAGGAAUUUUUUACUUUAAAAAAGCUUUGCAAGAAAAUGAUAAUGCGUGUGCACAGCUGGGAACAGGCAGCUCAGAUCCAGGUAAAAAAUUUUCGGGGAGACCCAUGUGUACACUCCUGACUAACAAACGGUAUGAGUUGCUCUAUAAUUGCGGAAUUCAACUCUUGCAUAUUGGGAGGCCCUUAGCUGCCUUUGAGUGCCUGAUUGAGGCAGUCCAGGUAUAUCACUCAAACCCUCGUCUGUGGCUGAGAAUAGCAGAAUGCUGCAUUGCUGCCAAUAAAGGGACAUCAGAGCAAGAGACUAAAGGUCUUCCCAGCAAAAAGGGUAUUGUGCAAUCUAUAGUGGGUCAAGGCUACCACCGUAAGAUAGUCCUAGCAUCCCAGUCCAUACAGAAUGUUGUUUAUAAUGAUGGGCAGUCCUCAGCAAUACCUGUAGCCAGUAUGGAGUUUGCAGCAAUUUGUCUAAGAAAUGCCUUACUGCUACUGCCAGAAGAUCAACAGGAGCCAAAGCAGGAAAAUGGAUCUAAAACUACUAGUCAACUGGGGGGAAAUGCAGAAAACAGUGAAAGCAGUGAAGCAUGCAGCAAUAAAAGUCAUGAAGGGGAUAAAUUCAUUGCAGCUCCUCCUUCUUCGCCUUUGAAGAAACAGGAAUUAGAGAAUUUAAGGUGCUCAAUACUUGCAUGUAGUGCUUACGUGGCUUUGGCUUUGGGGGAUAACCUUAUGGCAUUGAAUCACGCAGAUAAACUUCUUCAGCAACCAAAGCUGUCAGGGUCUCUUAAGUUUCUCGGGCAUCUGUAUGCAGCAGAAGCUCUCAUCUCUCUAGACAGAAUAUCUGAUGCUAUCACUCACUUGAAUCCUGAGAAUGUCACUGAUGUUUCCCUUGGGAUCUCUUCAAAUGAGCAGGAUCAAGGGUCUGACAAAGGAGAGAAUGAGGCAAUGGAAUCUUCUGGCAAGCAGACCCCACAGUGCUACCCCAGUUCGGUCACGUCUGCACGAACAAUGAUGUUAUUUAACCUUGGAAGUGCUUACUGUUUGAGAAGUGAAUAUGACAAAGCUAGAAAGUGUCUUCAUCAGGUAGGAAAAACAAAUCUCAAGGCAGCAUUAGGGACAAAUGUACUUCCUUCAGAGUGCCAUUUAGAUCACAGCAAAUUCUGGUGAUUUUGUAGCCCGGGUCUAUUUGUGGACUUUGCUGAGGUGGUGACUCUCUUCUGUCUUUAUGACCCAGUCUCUAUUAGUUACAUAAAAUGCAGGAUUCCAAAUUUCUUACUUGUGUAAAAAGGUCAGCACCAUCAUAGGAAGCUUUGUUCCCCCCUUCGGUCAUAUCAAAAUAGGGGAAUAUGACUAGGAAACCUUUUCACUUUUUCUAAGUUUGCUUGUUUGGAUUUUUUUUGCGGAUUUUUUAAUGGUCCAGUGGUAAUUAUUAUAUUUUGCAGGCGGUUUUCUCCCUAGUUAGUUAAUAACUCACCAUCAGAGAUACUAUCUUUAGGGCUGUGAGAAUAAACUGCAAUUCCACUAGAAGUAUGUUCCUUGUCUCCCUCUUGUCUCAAGAAUUUUCAAGUACUGCUUUUGAAAUGCUGUCUUCACUUAGUCUGUGUCAUGUCACUUGGUCUUUCUCAUGGCUGGGACUCACCUCUUUCAGUGAUGAUGUUUGUCUCUUUCUGCAGCCACUCCUGUCUGUCAGGAAGACUAUUCAGAUGCAUGGUUGAGCUACACACAGCAAUAGCAGUCUUCCAAAUUACUUCACAUUAGUUGUGUAGGUGAACAGAUUCAAAUUCUGUGAGGCUCUCAAUUACUUAAGGCAGUUGUUCAGCUCUUUUUCCUCCUGGGGCUUCUUAUGAUGGGGCAGGAAUCUGUGCUCAGGCUCUGUAGCACCUGUGUAAAGCCCAAAGGAGUGCAAGGCCACCCAUGGAUGUAAAAUAUAGGUCUCUGCAUCUACAACAAAUUCAUUGACUUCACAGCUGAAAAAUAGUUGUAUCUGGAAAGCUAAUGAAUGAUCCUUGUUAUUGUAUUCUGAGCUUUGGAGCAGUGGAGGUUACCUCUUUCACCUGUUAUCUCACGAAGAAACCACAGUAGGCUGGCCCAAGAAUUACAGAUGCAUAGGAACAUAAGCAUACAGCAGAUGGUCUUGCUAAUUAGUGUGAAACAGUCUUGCCGUGCAGAUAAUCUUGUGGUCUCUCCUUGCAUGCUUCAACCUGAUAGAGUGUAUUAGUUUGAAAAAAUGUGAUCUUAGUUAAUGAAUUAUUUUCCUUGGUUUUGUUACCUAAGAUGGUGGUAGCAAUCUUGUCAAGAGACACUUUCUUUGUGCUGGAUCUUUCUCUUAAGCA